GGUGUCUUCACGACCUUGGUUCGUGCCCUGGGCAUACCGAAGGUAGAGGUUGUAGAACUCUACGAUAUCGAGCCCUGGGCGACAGACCACCUUGGAUCUCCCAUCGGCCUCAUAUUCUGCUUCCUAUAUCAGAAGGAUAAACAUCGACCUCGCGAGUUCAGGGAUUCCGCUGGAGAGCGGCUAUGGUUUGCGAACCAACUGUGCGAAGAUGCAUGUGCUUCUCAAGCACUGUUGAACAUCGUGUUCAACACGGAUGUGGAAAUUGGGGGCACCUUGGCAGCAUUCAAGGCCGAUACAAUGGAGAUGUCUCCGGUCAUGCGUGGAUUGGCUAUAUCAAAUUCGCUUCCUAUACGCGCUGCGCACAAUGCCUUGGCGCGGUACACCUCACCCACUACCCGACAACGACAAAGGUCAGACAUCCAGAGCGCCGAUGAUCUAGAAGAGACAUACCACUUCAUUGGAUAUAUCCCGGCGCACGGGAAGGUAUGGGAACUCGAUGGACUGAAACCAGGGCCUCUUGAGGUGGGGGAAAUGAACUACGGUGGAAGUGGUGCAGAAGGAUGGAUGGACGUUGUUCGGCCAGCAUUGAGGCUGAAAAUGAAAAAGUACGGCGGUGCAGAAGAAGGAGCAAAUAUCAAGUUCAACUUGUUAGCGCUUGUGAAUGAGCAGUAUUGCAACGCUAGCGACGAGUUGGAACUAGCAAAAAGGAAACGAUCACAGCUUGAGCGCCGUCUCGAUGCAAAAUAUCCGCAAGGAUGGCAAGGGCAGGUGCGGAGUCCAUUGUCGCUCUCGUGA